AUUGCCAAACUGGUACUGCGUCCGUCCAUGCCAACAAAUUGCCAAUGCCAAAAACCCCCACCAUUCUGCCCUGCCCACCACCACAUGCAUGCUACUACUGCACACAGCGCAACGUCAAACAAAAUUCAAUUCCUCUUGCAGUCGGCGCCUCUGUCCCCCACACCCACCUGGCCACACCUAGCUAGCUUCCCCUAGCCACUAGUACUACCAUUCCUUUGAUCGAUCUCCAUCCCAACACAGUGAUACUAGUACUACUACUGGAAGAGUAGUACUACUACCUUCCCUAUCCUAGCUUUACUUUUUCGUUCUCCUGCUCGAUCGAUCGAUCACAGGUUGUGUUUCCUGAUGCUAUAAAUACAUGCACAUCCAUCGUCUCUUGUCCAGUCCACACAGCCAGUGGCAUCUCAGUCAGAGGAGAGCACUCUUCGAUCUCUUCUUCUUCUUCUUCUCACUGCAUUUUGUCUCUCUCCCAUCCCAGGCAGCAGCCACCAAAAUGGAUACGGCGAGGCGGCGGCCGCGGCGGGUGCCGGCGUUCGGGGAGUGGAACUACUACCACGGCGGGGACGAGCUGCCGUCGGCGGCGGCAGCCGGCGGGGCGCCGGACGACCAGGAGGCCAGCAGCGACGUCUGGUUCAGGUACUCGCCGGCCCCGCGCAAGCCGGCGCCCAAGAAGGCCAGGAGGAGGGCGGCGGAUAAUCGCCAGAAGCCCGUCGGCGGAGGCAACAAGCGGAGACCGGCGAGGACGUCGUCGUCGGACUCCGGGGCUGCGACGGCGGCGUCGAACACGCCUGCCAAGCUGCAGCAGGCCGCCGCCACAGCGAAGGUGGCGGUGGUGCGGCGGCCGCCGGCAGUCGAUGCCGACCUGUACCAGGUGCCCCCGCCGGACUUCCUGCCCGGCGAGCCGAUUCGAAGGAAGAAGGCAGGCAGGAGCAUGUGGAUGGGCUGCUUGGGCCUCAGCUGCUGAACUGCAUCACGCAAUCACCUAAACAAACUAAAGUCUAAUUCACAGUGUAUUUUUUUUCCAAUUUUUUUCUAAUCUUGAUAUCUACAUAGGAGUCGUAUCUAGGAGUAGUAGUAGUUAACUUAUUUAAGUUUAUCUUUGCGUUGUUUUUUGGUUGAUUUCAUAGCUAGUUUCUGAUCCUCAAGUACUAGUACUACAACUGCACUGUAAUUUACUACUAGUAGUAGUUGUUGGAUUGUGUAACUGUCAUAUUGUCCUGUAUCUGUGAGGCCGGUAAGAGCGCGGUGAGCUGGACCGGUGCUACGCCCCUCCACGUCGGAUUUGUGCGUACGUGGAGCGAGAGCACGCGCCCAACUAGAGCACCUCGCCCUCUAACUGAGGCACGCGGUUCCUUCUCUAGCGAAGCCACGCGCGGCAAGAAACCGAGGCGUG